AUGGCCGGCGUCGCAUGGCCUGCCUCCUUGGAGCAGCUUUCGUUCGGAGGUUCGUUCAACCGGCCCAUUGCCGAGGUCGUGUGGCCGGCCUCCCUGCAGCACCUUUCGUUCGAGCAAAGCUUCAAUCAGCCCAUCACCGGGGUCGUGUGGCCAGCCUCCCGGCAGGAGCUUCUAUUCGGAGAUUCAUUCAACUCCCCUGUCUCCGAAGUCGUGUGGCCGGCUGCCUUGCAGAAGCUGUCGUUCGGGAAUUUGUUCAACUGGCCUAUUGCUGAUGUCGUAUGGCCGGCCUCACUUAGGCAGCUUUCCUUGCGGGAAACUCUUUAA